AUGGCUGAGUGCAAAAGAAGUCAUGUCUGGCUGUAUUUUAGCUGUAAAGACAGCAGUGAUGCUGUGUGUGAUGUGUGUAGAAAGACGGUGAAAUACAGCGGUAACACUACAAACCUCGCUAAACAUCUGAGGUUGAAUCAUAAGAGUGAAUAUGAUGAUAUAAUGAAGUGGCGGUCGGAGGAGGUGGUCCAGGUUGAGAAGACGCAAGGUGCUAGGGCAAGACAGACUUCAAUCAGUGAGUCAUUUGCCAGCGGCAGAAGUUAUCCAGAUAAUUCUCCAAGAGCAGAAGAACUCACAAGGAGCCUGGGAGAGAUGAUUGUGAGGGACCUCCAGCCUAUUUCUGUAGUAGAAGAUGAGGGAUUCCAGGCAUUUGUAAAAACUCUUGACCCAAGAUACAAACUCCCUAGCAGAAAGAAAAUGACUGAAACAUAUCUUGUUAAUAUGUUUGAUGAGUGCAAAAACAAAGUAAGAGCAACUUUGCAAAAUGCUCCAAAUGUUGUACUUACCACUGAUAUGUGGACUUCAGCGUCCACAGGGGCGUACCUGACUGUCACAUGUCAUGUAAUUGAGAAUUGGCAAACUAAAGAUUUUGUUUUGGAAACAGCAAUUUUCCAUGGACAGCAUACUGCUGAUAAUAUCAGCUCAGAACUUAAACGAAUAACAGAUGAAUGGGGCAUAACUGAUAAGGUGAUGGCAGUUGUGACAGACAACGGGGCAAAUAUGGUGGCUGCAGUACACAAGGCUGGCUGGAGGCAUUAUCCUUGUUUUGCCCACACUCUGAAUUUAGUUGUAAAGGACAGUCUAAAAGCUGUCCCUGAAGUGGUGCAGAUCCUGGGAAAAUGCAGCACAAUUGUGUCAUUUUUUCACCAUAGCACUAAGGCCACAGAGAAGCUUAGGGCUGUUCAAAAGCAGAUGAAAAUAGCAGAACACAAGUUGAUCCAGUCUGUAGAAACCCGCUGGAAUUCAGUAUUCUACAUGCUGGACAGGCUGCAAGAACAACAUGAAGCUGUGACCACAGUCCUCUGUCUUCUAGGCAGGAGUGAAUUGUGCAUUAAUGUGGGAGAAUUAUCACUCAUUACUCAAACUGUUGAUGCACUGAGGCUCUUUGAGGAAGUGACAAGGGAGGUAUCAUCAGAAAAAUAUGUUUCAGUCUCCAAAGUGAUUCCUCUCGUGUCUCUUCUUCAAAGAGCCUGCAAGCAUCAGGGCAGCUCCGUUGCCACACAGCUGGCACAGCAAUGCCAGCGCAGAUUUGCAGGCAUUGAGACCAAUUACUCUCUAGCUGCUAGUACAUUUCUGGAUGCUAGGUUUAAACCCCUUGGAUUUCAAGACAAAAACAAUGCUGAGGGAAUGAAAAAACGACUUUCCUCUGAGUUGAAGGAAGUCUACCAGACAGUAGAGUCCACUCCAACUGCAAGCUCUGCAUUGGCACCUAAUUCUAGCUCUACUUCAGUGCCUAGCUCCCAACGUCCAGCACUUGCCCCAGACUCAGCUACAACAAAAGUAGGGUUAUGGGCAGAUUUUGACAUGCAAGUUGCAUCUUCCCAAGAUCACCGGUCAGCUACCACAGACAUAAUAAUAGAAAUGUGUCGUUACUCAGAGGAAAAACUGAUUCCCAGAGAAAAUGAUCCACUUGUUUGGUGGCAAGAGCAUCAUCAAACCUUCCCAGGCUUAAGCAAACUUGCUGUAAAGUACUUGGGAAUUGUUGCUACUUCUGUACCUUCAGAGCGCAUGUUUUCAAAGGCAGGGGAGGUAGUGAGCAAAAAACGGAACAGACUCAAGGGGAAAACUGUAAACAUGCUUUUAUUCCUAAACAAAAACCUGUGA